AUGAAAUCAAAAGGGCGUCCUUUGAGCCAUGAUUGUACAAGCUUGCAAUCUUUGCAGGAGUGGAAUGACUACAAGCUCAAGUGGAAUCCGGACGAUUACGGUGGUGUGGACACGCUACACGUGCCUUCAGAACACAUAUGGUUGCCGGACAUCGUGCUGUAUAACAAUGCCGAUGGCAACUACGAGGUGACGAUAAUGACGAAAGCGAUCCUGCAUCAUGAUGGCAAAGUUGUCUGGAAGCCCCCUGCCAUCUACAAGUCAUUCUGCGAGAUCGAUGUCGAAUAUUUCCCUUUCGACGAACAGACCUGUUUUAUGAAGUUCGGUUCGUGGAGUUACGAUGGUUAUACGGUUGAUUUGAGGCAUUUAAAACAAACGCCAGACUCAGACCAAAUACAGAUGGGCAUUGAUUUAUCAGAGUACUACAUCUCAGUCGAGUGGGACAUCAUGCGCGUGCCGGCAACUCGGAACGAAAAAUUCUAUUCGCCUGAAAAACCACCCGAUGACGAUGAGAACGAUAAACCAACGGAGGUGUUGACCGAUGUCUUUGGCGGUGAUGAGUUGGAUGGAAAGUUCAAAGAAUGGGGCUGCGAAGAAUAUGAUCUACCUGGGAUGCCACCGUCGCCCCCACCUCCACCGGGUGGUGACGAUGAACUGUUCUCACCAUCACCAGGUUCACCUUGUCGGCUGGAUUUAGAUGAUGGCAGUCCUUCUUUGGAAAAACCAUACGUAAGAGAAAUGGAAAAGACGAUAGAAGGUUCCAGGUUUAUAGCACAACACGUUAAAAAUAAGGAUAAAUUUGAAAGCGUGGAAGAUGACUGGAAGUACGUGGCUAUGGUAUUAGAUAGAAUUUUUCUAUUCGCCUUCACGAUAGCAUGUGUUCUUGGCACUGCAUUAAUUAUAUUUAGAGCGCCGACUUUCUAUGACAACUCCAAGCCAAUCGAUAUACUCUAUUCGAAGAUUGCAAAGAAGAAGUUGGAGUUGCUGAAAAUGGGCUCCGAGGGCGACCCGGGUCUC